GACUCAUUCCGUCGUUCGUACGCUUAAAACCUCUAAAAACGACGUUUGGCAUAGCAUCACAUUGCUUUUGCAAGAACACAGUUGCAUCCUUCAUCCAAUUCAAAACGAAAUUGACACAAACUCAACAGAUCGAAAAUCCAUAAUGUUGUUGCGUAAGCAACAAUAAAAAUCUCCCAUUUGUGUUUUCUUCUCUUCACGCACACCAACAAAACCUCUCUCUCAUCGGAAUCUCCAAAAAGAAUGGACAACAAAACGCAGCAGUCCGAGAGUAAGCAAAACGACAACGACGAGGAAGUUGCGCCAAAACGACAAGACCCUAACCCGUCGUCUGGCGGGUGGGGCUUUUCACCGCUCUCGUUUCUCUCCGAUCUUCAGAAGGCCGCCGCUGUUGCAGCCGAAGAGAUCUCUCGCAAUGCUGCUGUAGUUGCAGAGACAGCAUCAAAGAGCAUUGUGGAGUUGCAAAACAAAGAUGAAGAUUCAAAAUCUUCCAAAAAGGUUGAAGGGGCUGAAGGAUCUGCAGAUGAGAAGGAAAGUGACGAUGAGGGUUCCAAACUGCGAAAAUCUGCUCUCGAAAGAUUGGAGAAAGCUAGUGAAGAGUCACUGCUUAGCCAGGGUUUGAAGGUUUUUGAUAACUCUGUGGAGACUUUUGCUUCUGGGGCAUGGAGUGCUUUAGGGAAUGCAUGGAGAGGGGGCACUGAUUUUGUUCAGCGGCUCGAGAAUUCUGCAACAAAUCUUUCAGGAUCUCCGAAGCAUGACGGGCCAGGAGCUGCAGGUGCUAAUGCAUCUUCUCUAUUAGAGACAGGAAAAGCUUUUACUGCAAAGGGAAUGCAAGUUCUUGAAUAUGUUGGUAAGGAGACAAUGGACUUAUUAAUCAGUGAAACUGGAAUUGAGGUUGAGAAGGAUAAAAAAGAAGGUGAAGAACAAAAUGAUGAGGAUCAAUUAUUAGAGGAAGUGACUUUUGAUCGAUGCUUUUACAUUUAUGGAGGUCCAGAACAAUUGGAGGAACUGGAGGCUUUGUCUAGUCAUUAUGCCUUGUUAUUUAACCGAAGAAAAGCAAAGUUAUCAGCUGAGCAGAAGUCUGUAUAUGAUGGGAAGCUUAAAGAGGUCCAACAAAUAUUUAAUUUGAAUACUGAAAUUGAUAGAAGCAAUGCUGAUUCAAACAAAGGAAAGACAAUAAAGAAAGGAAAUGAGGGAAGCAGUGAUGAGAUGAAGAAUUUACACGAUUCUAGUGUUGGCAAGGCUGCUGAAAUGGCUGGAGGUUUUGCUAACGCCUUGGCUGGACUAGCUGCUAAUGAUAUACUUCAGAGAACUAAUGCAAGAUUGGAAUCUCUUCAUUCUGAGGGAGUUCACAGACUAUCUGAAAUGUGCUGUUUUGCCGUGUCUCAACUUCUGGUGUUGGGAAAAUCCAUCAUUUCUCGUGCCAACAACACUGAGGAUGAAGCUGAUGAUGAUAAGGCAAACGUUGAGUGGCCCGAAGAUGUUUCCGCAAAAGCUAAUAUCAUAAGAAUAAAUGCCCAAACCAUGAUUGGAUAUGUGAAAGCAGUUUCCCACAGUUUCAUUACAGGCAUAUCUGAUGUAACUGAGGCCUAUCAAGCUGCCAUUAAAGCUGUUACUUCUGAGUCUCUUUCAGUUGUUACCCAGAAAUCAGUUCAGGAAAAAGCCAGUGCCUUCUCUGAGCACCUUCGAGCGGAUCAAACCACAGCAGCUUGCAAAAUCCAGGACGGGAUGCAAUUUUUAGCUCACGUUCUCAUUUCAACCUCUAUGAAUGCUGCUUGAACACCAAUGUUCCUAUUUGUAAAUAGUCAGUUUAAUUAGAAAAGUGAUACCACUCAACUAUGCUUAGUUUAUUUCGACCGUGCAGUGAUGAUUGAAUGUUACUCGGUCUUAGUAGUGUCUGAACUGGGGCAAAUUUGUCCUGUUAAAUUAAUUCAUGCAGCUUGUUUUAUUCUUUAAUUCCUCAAACUGUAGAAACUGUCACAUUUUCUUCAAAUCAAAUAUCACUUCACAUAAUCUAUAUGGACUUUUCUCA